AUCGCCCUAAUGUGGACAACUAAAGCAAAAAAAACUAUCGUAAAGUGGACACGAUCGUAAUGUGGACAUUUUUCGUGUCCACGUAACGUUUGCGCUAAUUUCUAACCCUCUUUUGUUAACGCAGUCAUAAUGACAUCUAAUUGUCAUUCUUAAGGGCCUAACAGAGUACUAAUUAAGGUACUGUAUGCAUAUUUUUACGCAGCGCAAUUAUUAAAAAAUAGGCAUAUUGGAUUUGGGGUAUAUAUCUCUCUUUUGUAAUUUUCGUACAUUAGGUGGACACGAUAUAUAUCUUGCAAUUCUGAAGCAGCGGGAGGCUAUAUCUCGGUCGUUUUGAUGACGUGGUCUGUAACACAAAGGAGGCUCCUAAUUAUAUUGUUUUUAUGCAAAAUUAUGUCGGUAUAAAAGAUAUAUUGCAAUUUUAUUGGUUUGGCCUGCAAAAAUACCGCGAAAAUUUUCAGCACAUAUUCUCACCAGCCGGCAUGCCGUACAUCCAUAAUGGCACCUUUGUUUAUCAUGUGGAUUGUCCUGUGGGAACGAUAAAGUGUUAAUUAUUUUGUUUUUAUGGAAUUUCUCUGCCUUGUUUAUGUGAAUAAAGUAGAUGAGGUAAACCCUAUGUUAUAUUUCACCUCAAUGUGCAGAAACAAGUAAUAUAAUUUAUCUGAUUGCCAAGUUUCGCUCAGCUACUUUGCUAACUAGCCAGAAAAGAGUGGUUAGCUAGCUAAUGUACGUUUCUAUUUAUGUAGUCAAACAAGUAGCCACCAAUGUUAGUUAUCGAAAAAUCAAAAAAAUAUAUAAGUGGCUAAGCUUUAGCUAAGUAUCUGGCUACCUUUAGAUGGAUAUAUAUUGCUAUAUUUCCUAUGUUUUAGGGUUGUGUGAGCACUGAGAGUGGAUUUAAGCUAUCCAUUUUGUUAAAAAAAUGGCCAAGGUAGCUCAAGUUCAAUACAAUACUAGAACGAAAAGAAGUAGAGCUAAUGAUGUUAAAUCGCCAAGACAAACUGCACUAUAUUAUUGUAAAAGGGGAACUGAUCCAAAAUCAUUUGUAAAGAAAUGGAUUAAUGAUCACAUUGGAUAUGGUGUGUUUACAACAUUGCCCCUGAAACAUCACCAGUUUGUCCUGCAAUAUCCUGGAAAAGUUCUCACAAGAAAGGAAGGAGAGAGAUUAGAGCUAGAGUAUCCAACUUCCUGUGGAUCAUUUAUUUUCUUUAUGGACAAAAAGUGUGUUGAUGCUACAAAUGAGACCAGGCUGGGAAAAUAUGUGAACCAUUCAAGUCAUCGGAAAUAUUUGAAUUGUUAUCCAAAAUUGAUCGAGGAGGGUGGAAAUGCAUUCAUAUGUUUGUUUGCUUCCUAUGACAUUCCUUUAGGAACUGAACUGCGAUACAAUUAUGGAAUUUCAGGGCUAGAAUGGCAAAAGGAUCCAACACAUAAUAUACCAUUCAAUUUAGAAGACCUAGUUUCAGAUAGGCUAGUGUUGAGUAAGAACUUGACCUUGGUCCAAGGCAAGAAUAACUUGACCUCUGAUGUCAUUGCAAAAAAGAAGGAGGAUAAUGACGAAAAUGUGGGUAUCAUUACAGAUAUUCUCAAAAAAUUGCUUGAUGAUGUGGUGGCAACUCAGGUGAUAAACUUGUUAUAUUUUCUAAUUUUAUAAAAAAUUCAAUGUAAAUUGAAGUAUGUAAAGUGGUAAAGCUACUACAUUUUGCUGUUUAAGGAAAAGCAUCACCUUAUUAUUUUUUAAAGGCCAGGUACAAAAUCCCAGUUGAGCCAUGGGCUGCCAAGUAAAAAUGAUUUUUUUUAUUAGAGAAUUGAAUCUUUACAUACCUUAAGGGAACUUAUUUUGGCGGGAACUAAUUUUGGCGGAUUUGGCGGAUUGGGGCAAAAUCCGCCAAAAUUAGUUCCCGCCAAAAUUAAAUAUUUUACUCACCCGCCAAAAUUA